GAGCCCCGUGCCACAUGAACCUUUGACAGCAUGACUCAUCUCUGGACUGACGAUGGCGGCUGCGGGGAUGAGCUGCUGGAGCCCGGAGAACGCCGGGAAUGCCGGCAAACGGGACAGAAGUGGGCCAAACAGAGGACGGCUGAUGAUGCUGAUGUGGAUUAUCCUCUCCAGCUCGCUGUGCCUGACGGUUGAUGGCCAGAAGAUCUCACCAGAAACGGUGCAGCAGUGGGCUGAGUCAUUUGGGAAAGAAAUCGCUGCAUUAUCUGGACGAUACUCGGGAUCCAAACUACUUCAGAAGAAAUACAAGGAUGUGGAGGGCGUGGUGAAGCUGGAGGAGGUGAACGGCGGGGAGCUGGUGAAGAAGUUUGCUGAAGAAAUGGAGGAGAUGCUCGGCAGGAAGAUGAAAUCUGUGAAGAGGUUAGCAGAAGCAGCUGAGGAUGCGGAUUACUACCACGAUUACAACGAUACUCUAGAGUUUGAGUAUUACAACUCGAUGCUGAUCAACACUCUGGAUGAGGACGGGAACCCGAUGCCGCUGGGCGGAGAGUUCGCCCUGGAGGAGAACGAACAUUUCAACAAAAUCCCUGUCAACACGCAGCAGAGCAACAUCCAAGUCCCUACUAAUGUCUACAAUAAAGACCCCGACAUCGUGAACGGGGUGUACAUGUCGGAGGCCCUGAAUGACGUCUUCAUCGACAACUUCCAGAAGGAUCCCACUCUCACCUGGCAGUACUUCGGCAGCGCGUCGGGCUUCUUCAGGCUGUACCCCGGGAUCCAGUGGAUUCCAGAUGAAAACGGAGUGGUGACCUUUGACUGCAGGAAAAGAAACUGGUACAUUCAAGCAGCCACGUCUCCUAAAGACGUGGUGAUCGUGGUGGAUGUGAGCGGCAGCAUGAAGGGACUCCGGCUGACGAUCGCCAAACACACCAUCAACACAAUCCUGGACACGCUGGGAGAAAAUGACUUUGUCAACAUCAUAGCAUACAGUGACUACGUUCGCUACGUGGAGCCCUGUUUCAAGGGCACGCUGGUUCAGGCCGAUCUGGACAACAGAGAGCAUUUCAAGCUUUUGGUGGAAGAGCUCCACGUCAAAGGAGAAGGCAAAGUGAAAAAAGCAAUGAAGGAGUCUUUCAAGAUCCUCAAUGAGGCUACUGCACUGGGGCAGGGGAGCUUGUGUAACCAGGCCAUCAUGCUGAUCACAGACGGCGCCAUGGAGGACUACAAAGACGUGUUUGAAGAGUUCAACUGGCCAGAGCGGCGGGUUCGAGUGUUCACGUAUCUGAUUGGACGAGAGAUGACGUUUGCCGACAGCGUGAAAUGGAUUGCCUGUAACAACAAAGGUUACUACACUCACAUCUCCACGCUGGCUGACGUCCAGGAGAACGUCAUGGAGUACCUCCACGUCCUCAGCCGGCCCAUGGUCAUCAACCACGACCACGAUAUCAUCUGGACCGAGGCGUACAUGGACAGCGUGUUCCCCAGUACUAAAGAGCUGUUUAACAGUCAGGCUCAAAGCUUGCUCCUGAUGACCUCUGUAGCCAUGCCGGUCUUCAGCAAAAAGAAAGAAACUUUGUCUCAUGGGAUCCUGCUGGGAGUCGUCGGAACCGACGUGGCCUUGAGAGAACUCAUGAGAUUGGCCCCGAGAUACAAGCUGGGAAUCCACGGUUACGCCUACCUCCUCACCAACAACGGCUACAUCCUGUCUCACCCUGACCUGCGACCUCUGUAUAAAGAAGGGAAGACGCUGAAGCCGAAACCCAACUACAACAGCGUCGACCUGUCCGAGGUGGAAUGGGAAGACACAGAGGAAAAACUGAGGACCGCCAUGGUGAAAGGAGAAACUGGAACUCUGUCUUUAGAUGUGAGAGCUUCAGUAGAUAAAGGAAGGAGAGUGAUGUUUUUGAAGAAUGAUUACUUUUACACGGUCAUCAACGAGACACCGUUCAGUCUGGGCAUCGUGCUGAGUCGGGGAUAUGGACAGUACAUCUUCGUCGGAAACGUCUCUGUUGAGGAGGGUCUCCAUGACUUACUGGCUCCAGAUUUGACCAUAGCGAGCGAGUGGACCUACUGUGAGACAGACAUCGACCCUGCGCAUCGCAAGCUGAACCAGCUGCAGGCGGUGGUCCGAUACCUGACAGGAAAAGAGCCGGAUCUGGAGUGCGAUGUGCAGUUGUUGCAGCAAACGCUGUUUGACGCGGUGGUCACAGCUCCUAUGGAAGCCUACUGGACCGCUCUGAUGCUCAACACGUCCGGUAUGGAUGAUGGGAUUGAAACCGUUUUCCUGGGAACCCGUUCAGGCCUGAUGCGAUUCCAGAGGUACGCCGGCAUUGAGAAAAGAGUCGGCAAGACUUUCCUGACCUCCAAAGACAAGGAGAACAUGUUCACGCUGGACCAUUUCCCAGUUUGGUACCGCAGAGCGGCCGAGUUCCCAGCUGGACAGUUUCUCUACUACAUGCCCAGACAGGAGACCAGAGCCGGGAGGAUCGUGAUUGCUACGACUGCGGUCACCGUGACGGUGGGGAAGAAAACAGCCAUCGCCGGAGCCAUCGGGGUGCAGAUGACUCUGGAGGUUUUGGAGUCCAAACUGUGGUCUAUUGCAGUGCAGCCAAACGACACAGAUUGCUCAGACGCAGAAGGGAUUUGUCCGCUUCGCUGUGACAGCAUUGAUAUUGACUGCUUCGUGAUUGACAAUAAUGGCUUUGUCCUGAUUUCAAAGCAGCGCACUGAUGCGGGGAAGUUCUAUGGCGAGAUUGAUGGAUCAGUCAUGACCAACCUGAUCAGAAUGGGCAUGUUCAAAAGGGUGUCCCUGUUCGACUACCAGGCCAUGUGCAAGAUGAGCCUGCACUCCGUCAGCAGCACCCGUCCACUGCUCAGCCCCUUCUACGUUUUGGCUGCAACCCUCAAGUGGUUCCUCUCCAACUUCCUACUGUUCCUCCUGGAGUUCAAUUUCUGCGGCUUCUGGCACACGGACCAUUUCGCAGACGCCAAGCCUGCUUAUAGUGGAACAGCCUCGGCUCAUAAGAAGAAAGGGGACAUCCUGCAGCCGUGUGACACCGAGUACCCCAGCUUCGUUUAUGAGCCGUCAGUCAAAGAGACCAACAGCAUUAUUAAGUGUGGACGAUGCAAGAAGAUGUUCGUGGUGCAGCAGAUACCAGAGAGCAACCUCCUGUUGCUGGUGUCGCAGGCAGACUGCGACUGCUCCAGACAGUACGGACCCAUCACCAUGGAGCCCAAGGAGGUCAAAUAUAACGCGUCCGUGAAAUGUGACCGAAUGAGAUCCCAGAAAAUCCGCCGGCGUCCCGAGUCGUGUCACGCUUAUCACCCGCAGGAGAACGCCAAUGACUGUGGAGGAGCCUCUUUUAUAUCCCUCUCUGCCUCUCUCUUUUUCACCUGUCUCUCCCUUGUUGCUCUUGUUUCCUGAUGAUGGAUGGAGAAUAGGACAAACUCUUGCCGCUUCACACCCUCUCAUAUAAGGACGGCGUCCAGGGAGGAAGAAUUCAAGGGUUCUGUGCGCUUUUUCACCUCUAGUUCAAUUCUUCAAGAAGAACUUGGCAUUUUGCUCACGAUGGCAACAGACUCAUCUCUCUUAAAGGACUUUGGAUGUUUCUUUUAUUUUAUUUUUUUUUUUUUUUUUGGAGCAACUUCUGGGACUCCAUUCAUCUGAACCAAAAACUGAAAAGUUAAUGGUCUGUUGUUGCCAUGGAUACUCUUCAAUUAGUUUUUUUUUCUCAGACACCACUUUCACAUCAUCUCAGCAUGAAAAGGGACUGAAGAGACAGAGACCGGGCGGCGAUCAUGAGUCACAAGGUGCAACAAAAGAAAAUUUCACAUCCGCCAUAUCCCUCUGAGCCCAUCACCGAGGACACAAAUGCAUAUUAUAUAUGCGCCUGCAAGCGUGCACACUUCCAGAAACACACACAAUGCUCCAUCAUCUUCUCCACAGACUUCUAUUAUUUCCCAGUGAUGAGUGACGGGUUAUGUUUGACAUGACUGCAAAUUAUCUCAAUGAUUUAUAAGGCAUGAAGUAAAGGAUCAAUGUCAAGUUGUUCUAUUUAAACUGGACAAAGAUGAUAACUCUCAAAAUAAAGAUACAAUAACGUGAUACAGACUAGAGCUGUCAGCCCACUCGAUACUUUAGACCUUUUUUGAAUUAUUACAUCUCUUCUGUGACAUUUUUUUAAAUGUUUGUUUGCCUUCUUGUCUUCAUCAGCUGUGUCUUUCUGUGUAUUUUGUACAUAGUGUUUAUUUGUUGGGACACCUAAAAUUACUUUGCAGAUGUGACGAUGCAAUGCUACAUUGUGAAAAAGAAUAGAAUUAUAUGUAUAAAUCUAUAAAAGAUGGUUUAAGCAUAUAGAUUUACAUUACAUAUAUUCAUAUUUCUGGUUUAAAGUUGAAAUUUGCACGUGCUUAUGAGAAAACAUUGUCUACACGUUCACUGACACUAUAGAAAUCUAUAUUUUUAGACAUUUUUUUAAUGCCUGGAGUCGUGUGAUAUGUGUCACUUUCCCCAAUUAUUCAUAAAAUGUUUAACAGAAAUAAUAAAGCAAGCAAGACAAAUGUAUAUUCUUGAAUUUAGAAAUUCAGGUUUCAUAUGAAAACAAAUCUCGGUAUAAGCUGACUUUGGAAAUUUACCUGGACGGGGUAUUUUUGUAUUCUAUGCAUUUCUUGUGUGUUAUAUUUUCUAAGCUUUCUGCGUUUGGCUUUUUGACUGUUCUUCUCCCCUUUUUCAAUGGUAUCUUUUUCAUAAUUUUACUAUGCAUGUCUUUAAACUUCGGUAAUAAGAUUGCCUGUAUGUCUAAGUUUAUUUCAUCUGUUCCAUUUUUGUAUGUCCUGUCCACUUAACAAUAUUCAUUGUAUAUUUCACUCUGACCACAAUGAUUUGUACCAUGUAAAUAAAUCGUUCA